CUUUGGAACCAAAAAACCCAGGAAAAAGGGAAUCCGUAUCUUAAACUAAGGAAAAUCAGCGGUAGAUACGAUGGCUCCGGCCCAUCCCGAGUUGCUAUGGUCCGUAAUAUGCUCUGGAAUCACAUGUGGACUACUCGCUAUCUCAAUCGGGGCCAAUGAUGUGGCCAACGCCUUCUCCACCAGUGUUGGGAGCGGAACUUUGAAGCUAAGGGGAGCGAUUUCUAUCGCCUUUGUAUUCGAAAUCUUAGGCGCUCUCGUGCUAGGAGGAACCGUCACAGAUGCCAUACGUUCAAGAGUUUUAAACUUUGCAGCCUUCGCAGACGCUCCCUAUGAGCUCGCCUUGGGGAUGUUCUCGUCCUCAGUUGGCGCCACUGCAUGGUUGGCCGUCUCAACAUACUUUGGAAUGCCUGUAUCAACGACGCAUAGCAUCAUUGGAGCACUUGCAGGGUUUGGAGUUGCGUCUGGACGUGUAGACAGCGUGCGCUGGCUUCAGCUGCUUUACAUUGUCCUUUCGUGGUUUAUCGUGCCACUUGUGGCUAUUGCUGUUAGCGCAUUGGUAUACAUUGUUGUUCAGGAUGUGAUUCUUAGCAGGAGCUACUCAUUCUUUUUCAUGAAAUACUUCCACUGGGUGCUCUUGUCAAUAUCCUCAUUGCCUCUUGCCAUAUUCAUCGCGUUUGAAAACCCAAUGGCAAAGUUUGAAGGCGCUUAUAAGGAAUGGUUUGAAACCAACGGCUCCAACAAGUUUGCAUGUAUCUUGCUAAUUCUCGCGGUUCUGGUCAUAAUUUCGUCAAUAGUUACUAUUCUCAUUACGAGGCAUAGGCUAGCUACCGGAUGGUCUUAUCUAGAGUCUUCACUAAGUGCAGAUCCAGUGGUUGUAUGUCCCAAGGGAGUACUUUCUGGACGCAAAGGACCAAAGUCCAUGGAGAUUAAUGUUGGAAAGGGAGACAAAAUGGAAGUUUUUGAGAUUGAAGCAAAAAGGAGAUGUUCAAAGUCUGGAAUUGAUCUACUUUUGAAGUCUGAGCUCUUCCAUGGUGGUCCAGAGUCCUUCAGAAGCGAACCUGGUCUCUCGGAGGUAGAUGUCUCUGAGGAUAAAAUGCCCCUUGAACAAUCAUCUGUGAGCAAGCUGGAAUUGUCAAAGAUCGCAAAGAAAGAUGUAGAGUGUCACGUAUCGGAGGAAACCAAGAGAUCUGGUAGCCACAAAACCCAGACUGUAUUUUCGGCAAUGCAAAUUUUGGGUGCGACUAUGGUUGUAAUAUCGCAUAGUGCAAACGACACUGCAAACGCGGUAUCCCCCUUUGCCACUGUUUUGUUCCUUUACCUUCACGGAGUUAAGGAUGAAUCUUUAACAACACCCUGGUAUAUUUUGUUAUCUGGGGGAUGUUGUAUGGCCCUUGGACUUGCCGUUUUUGGAUACAAAGUUGUCAAGACUGUAGGACUUAAUUUGACCAGAGUUACACCAUCCAGGGGAUAUACCAUUGACUCUGUUGCUGGUUGUCUUGUGUUGGUUCUGAGUCAUUUAGGUAUACCACUCAGUUCCACCCAUUGUACCGUUUCAUCUAUUCUUGGAGUCGGCCUAAUUGAAGAUCCAUGGAAUGAUGAAAUUGGUGAACAGGAUGGAGAGUGGAUUGGAUUCAAGUGGUUUCCAUUUUUGCGGAGGAUAUCGGUUAAGAAUGUGAAUUUUAAGUUGUAUAGGAAGAUUUUCUUUACUUGGAUUUCGACAAUUUUUUUCAGUGGCAUAACUACGGCAAUGCUGUUUGUGAUUAGCAAAUUUUGUUACAACAUUAAACUUUCUAGGGCAUAACUGGACUCUAACGUAA